AUGUCCCGGUCCCGCAGCGGCUCCCUGGCCGGCUCGCCCCGGCCGUGGCCCGGCUUCUCGGCCGGCAGCAUGUACGGGGGCGCGGGCGGCUCGGAGCCGCGGGUCUCGGGGUCGCUGCUGCCCGGCCUGCGCGCCCACCUGGACUCGCUGUGGGCCGGCAGCCAGCAGGAGGCGCUGCAGGGGCUGAACGAGCGCCUGGCCGGCUACCUGCAGCGGGUGCGGGGGCUGGAGGCGGCCAACCGGGCGCUGGAGGCGGAGAUCGCCCAGGUGCGGGCCCGCCGCGGGGGCGCCGGCCAGCGGGACUGGGAGGCCUGCGAGCGGCCCCUGGAGGAGCUGCGCAAGCAGGUGGAGGAUCUCAACAUGGACAAUGCCAAGCUGCUGCUGCAAAUCGAUAAUGCCAGGCUGGCGGCCGAUGACUUCAAGGUCAAGCUGGAGGCAGAGCAGGCCGGGUGCGACAGCGUGCAGAAGGACACCCAGGGGCUGCGCAAGAUCAUGGAGGACACCAACUUCCUGCGCAUGAAGCAGGAGGCGGAGCUGGAGGGGCUCAAGGAGGAACUCGCCCACCUGCGCAAGAGCCACAAGGAGGAAGCGGAGGCCCUCAGGGCACUGAUUGCUAACUCUGACGUGACCGUGGAGGUGGAUAACCCAAAGAAGCAGGAGCUGAGUGAGAGCAUCGCCCAGAUCCGGAAGCAGUACGAGAAAGUGGCCGAGCAGAACCGGGACGAUGCCGAGAGCUGGUACAAGGCCAAGUUCGACACGCUGUCCCAGGAAGCGAACGUGAACACCCAAGCCCUGGAGGAAGCCAAGAGCGAACUGAGUGAGCUGCGUCGGCAGCUUCAGGGCCUGGAGAUCGAACGCCAGACCCUCCAGAAAAUGGUGGAAACCCUGGAGAACACUUUGGAGAACACAGAAGCCCGCUACAACGACCAGCUGGCGCACCUCAAUCACGUCAUCGCCAAGCUGCAGGAGGAGCUAGCCGCCUGCCGGGCGGACCUGGAGCGGCAGGCCCGGGACUACGAAGCCCUGCUGGACGUGAAGAGCAAGCUGGAGAAUGAGAUCAGUCAAUACAGCCAGCUGAUUGAGGGAGUGAUAGACAGGCUCCCGCAGGCAGACCAUUAA